ACUCUCACCAUGCUGCGAACUCUUAUGCUCGCGCUAGUGUUUGCGGUAUGUCUUCACGUGAUUCAGGGUCACGUGUUGCAACAGAAUGCUACACAGAGAUGGUCCAAGGUGUCCCACAAAUACCAGAGACUCUACAGAGCAAGUUACUACAAUGUGCACGAUGAACCCCUCACGUGGUUUGAAGCCAGCAAUGUCUGCGGAUCAGAAGGUGCUCACUUGUUAAUCAUUAACUCGCCAGCGGAAGCCGAGGCUGUGAAGAGAUUUGUGGACCCCACCGUCGAGACGUACAGCGUCGGAUUCCACGACCUGUUUAAUGAAGGGACAUUCACGACUGUUCAAUGCCAAAGUCUGCAGGAGGCAGGUUACAAUCACUGGGCUUUACUUGAACCCAGCUCCUUCCAUAAUGAAAACUGUGGAGGUAUUAACCAACAGAUAUUCUUGCUUGAUAUCGUCUGUUCUAACCACUACCCGUUCAUUUGCGAAUAUGAACCAUAAAAUGUACUGAAAUAUGUAAUGUCUCAUUACAAAGAAUUAAGUGUAUAAUAUAAGUUUUCUAUAAAUCAAUAAAAUAUUAUUAAAGU